AUGAAGAAUCGGACGGAAAGCUUGCGGGAAGGUACUGUCGAGGCCUUCUUGAGCGAGCUCGAAGCCAUUGUCUUCGGUGAGGGUGACGGUCGCCGGUCCAGUGAAUGCUGGCAACACCUGCACGCAGCCAAACCUUCGCGCAAGCUUGUGGGAAGGUUAUUGCCUCUCGCAGGUGCAACUCUAUAUACUUGUGUCCCAGUGUCUGAAAGUGCCCGUGCUUCUGCAAAUCUUAGCGAUGGCAGUGCCAUUCGUGGGUCUGGCGACCGCCGGGGGCUCGUUGUCCCGGCUCUCAGAUCAAGCUUGCUCAUCGAGUCACGUCAGGAGGCCGCAAAUGCUGCAGUUCUCGCGGCUGUGCCUUGGGCUUCUGCCGAAAGCCGGAACGUUGCGAAUCACUGUCUGGAGACUUGGCUGGCUGAAUGCGGAAGCGGAAAUGAGCCUGCAAAUCCAAAGCAGAAAUCUCGAACUGGAGGUGUGGCGAAUGCAAGUUUGCAUGAGCUGCUGCCCCAAGCUCUCGCCGCAAUAAGGGCACAACUUCCUGUGUUCAACCCAAACAUGGACGGGAGCAGUAGCCUACCGCCAAGUCUGGCUGUUGCAAUCGUGCGUGCUCUCCAUUGGUUGAUGCAGCAAAGCGACUACCUGGUUCUCAAAGACCGCUUGGGCCUGGCUUUGCCUUUGAUUCUCCAAGUCCUGGACCAGACUUCAGAUGCUGUGGUCCGGCUCAUCGCCUGGGAUGCCGUGCAUUUGAUGUUGGAUCGUGCCCUGGCGACCGAAGUGCAGAACUUUCGACCACCUUUGCAGCAUGUUUUGGAGACUUGCUCUCCCCUCUUCCUGGAUGAGGAGGUCGCAUGCCUCGCCGUUGCACCUUUUUGUGCUUCAAGCGUGCUUUUCCUGCUUAAAGCUUUCAGCCUUGAUUGUAAGUUGGAUCGCAGCAAGAGCUUGGACUCCUUGCUUCGCUACGGGAGCCUCCACUGCAAGCCCAACUCGCGCGCCUUCGCGCUGUUCUUGGAGUUUGGACUCUUGCCGCUCCUCGCACGGGAAGCUUGGCUGGUUGCACCUCACCUGCGUGAAAUAGCAGAGCUCCUGCUCCAGAGCUGCGAGGGAGGCAACGCCUUGGAGGUGUUGCUUGCCUGGCAUGCCUUGCUGCUUCUGUUUGGAGGGGAGCUCCAAGGCCGUGUCAAGAGGUAUUUUCAGGACAUCCUUCUGCGCAUGGCCUUUACCUACUUGACCUUCUUUGCAUCCGGUCCGCCAGAAGGUCUUCAGCAAGAACCUGCGACAGGAUCUGGGAACUUCCUGUCGCCUGUGACGGCUGCGAUGACAGCAGCGGAGUGGACAGAGGUGUCUUGCAGAAGGGAGGAGUUGGACGUUGUACUUCGCGAUGCUGCACGAUUGUUAGCAGAGGCCGAUGAGCCAGGAGGCGAUCUUUUGACGAGGAGCCUGACGGAGAUGACAGCAUCGGCGUCACUGCCUGUGCCAUCGGGAAGAGCUGAAGAUCUGGCUCAUCGACUCGAGGACUUCAUCCUCUUUGUCAAGGAUGCUGUGGAGUUGAGAGAGCAGGAGAUGCGGGAGAGAGGAGCAGAGGCGAAAACGGGAGCUGCGCCAUUGCGCUUGCUUCACUUCGGCCUCCAGGCCCAUGGCAUCCCAUGGCCAGCAUUACCCUUCACGUAG